AGCAGCGAUGGCAGCUGAGCCGGAGAGCAGCUCCUCCCCGCGGGUCACCUACAGACCUCUCUCCAUGGCAUCCAGCAGCAGCAGGAAGAACCGCGACAGCCCGUGGAAGCUGCGGCUGGUUUACCUGCAGUGCUAUUUCCUUACAAUUGCCUUCAUUUUAGGAACUGGAAUAUUAGGACUGCCAGGAACAGUGGCACAUGCCGGCCUGCAACCUUUUUUGGUCUCGUUUAUAACGGGAUUUUUUAUGCAGGUGCUGUUGAUUUAUCUUUUUGUGGACUUAUUGCAACGAUGUCACGCAGCUCAGCUGGAGGCUGUGAAGCAGUUUGUGGUGGAAAUGCAGGAUGUUGGUGACCAAGGUCCUGUUCCAGGUUCCACAGUAGAUGAAGGAGAAGAAGAAGAUGAUGCCGAGGAUGCAGAUCAUGUUUUAUUGCAACAGACUGUUGAAGUGGAUCGUUCUGUAAAGGAUCAUUCACCGAACCUGCACAUGCUGGGGGUCCUCUUCCUCAACAAGUAUCUGAGUAGCUUUUUCAGCAUUCUCCUCAUCCUGCAGUUCGUUUCCAUUGGAAUCAGUUAUGUCUUGGCCGGCAGUGAAGCCUUUGGUGAACUUUUACACAUCAGGCAUGUAUACAUCAUUCCUUUCUUCACGUGGAUUUUGUCUUUGGGAAUCAUUUUGGCUCAAGUGAUCAUACAACCAAUCACAUCCAUUUUGACCAUAGCAAAAGGAACCCUGUUGGUGAUCACAGUGAUGGUGAUCUUUGUCGUGGGCUCCGAGAUCCACCAAGAAAUAAGCAAUGAUUUCUCCAGCAUUGGCACGCCGUUCCUGAUGGGCACUGUUGCACUCGGGGGCGUUGUAAAUGUGAUGCCAAUGCUAUUUUCAGAUAUUUCACCAAACAGAUCUCAGGUCCUGUGGUUUCGGAGGGCGGUCAUCGGAGGCCUCGCUACUUGUGCUGUGCUGAAUAUUUUCUGGUGUUGGGCCGUAUUGAAUAUUGUUCCCCAGACAUCUGUCCGCAAAAUCCCCCACGAUGACCAUUUGAACCCGAAUUUCCCCGCUGUACACGAGACGGGAAUAGACUACGUUAUCGUCUACUCCAACAUCUCUUUGGAAGCAUCAGAAAAGGCAGGAGAAAUAGCCACAGUUCCUCUCACAAAGAUUAUAAUGGAACGGUACAGAAGAUUUGCCUGGGUGGCCUGGUUUACGGAGAUUUUUAUCACUAUCAGCAUUACAGUUUCAUUUUUAGUCCUUGGAUCAGCAAUGAAGCAUACAUUGGAAGGCUGGGUGGAUUCUUUCUGGAACAGAAGAUGUGAAGAUGCUUCUGAACAGUGCGAGAAGUCCUGUUCACAUCUUACCAAGAUUAAAGAUUUAAAAAGUGUCACUCAAGGAUUAGUUUGUCUUCUGGGAUUCAGUAUUAUUUUUGUGGUGUCUCUGUCUAAUCCAAAGGGAUUUGUCAUUGUGCUUGACAAAGUGGCCUCAUUUACUUUAAAUCUUGAAGCUGGUCUAUUCAUUUUUCUAAUGGUGCGCAGCGCUCACUCAGAGCCCUAUAAACAUUUAACGGUCCCUUUGCCUGUGAGCCGAAGGAUCUUGAUGUUACACUGGCUUCUCCCAGUGUACUUCCUGUUUGCUGUGGCGUACGACAUUUGUCAGUCAUUGACUUUGCUCGCAGCUGGGUGGCAUCCAAUGGAUUUGUUGUCAAGGAACGGCACAGUGUGAAACACCAACCCAAAGCCUGAAAAUGGAAACGUAUACGUUAGCUCUGGGUAUGUAGGAAGGAACUGCAGAUACUGGUUUAAACCGAAGAUAGACACAAAAUGCUGGAGUAACUCAAGGAAUGGGUGACGUUUCGGAUCG